GAUUGUUUGUCCUCCUCAGUGGUUACAGAACGUUCCCCGGGUCACGUGACACGGCCCCGGGUACGUCUCGCUUCGUGUCACACCGAGGGUGUGCGCGUGCGCACGCGCGCGGACUCCCGCAGACGUGCGAGCCGGCGGAGGAGGUGCAGGCGGCGCAGGCGGAGGCGGGAGGCGCCAUUUCCACUGCAGCCCAGCAUGUUGUCGCGGCUUCACGGCGCUGUCAUGUCGGCGAGACGCCACAUCUUCUCUUCUUCUUCCACCUGCAGCAGCAUGAAGGAGGGAGUGAAGAAGAGCAUGAAGGAGGGAGGAGAAGGAGUGAAGAAGAGCAUGAAGGAGGGAGGAGAAGGAGUGAAGAAGAGCAUGAAGGAGGGAGGAGAAGGAGUGAAGCUGAGUGCACUGAUGGGAGGAGAAGGAGUGAAGCUGAGUGCACUUAAGAGCAUGGAGGAGCUGCAAGGACCCAGCUUCCUCACCACACUUUACUGGCUCUUUGGCAAGAGAUACUUCAACACCACGCAGCAGAUGCAAACUUCAUGUUUGCAGAUAGAGCACAAGAAGAUCUACGGGCCCCUGUGGAAGUCCACCUAUGGCCCCCUAGUGGUGGUGAACGUGGCCAGCGCCCAGCUGAUCGAGGAGGUGCUGAGGCAAGAAGGACCACUUCCUGUGCGCACUGACAUGCCACACUGGAGGGCCUACAGGGAACUGCGGCAUCAAGCCCACGGGCCCCUCUCAGAGAUGGGCAUAAAGUGGCAUCGUAUUCGCAGUAUUCUGAACCCGCGCCUACUGAAGCCGCACCACGUGGGUUCUUACUCGGGCAGGAUCAACCAGGUGGUCCAGGACUUGGUGGUCCGCCUGCGCUGGCUGAGGACUACCAGUGGUGACGGGGUGAUGGUUCACCAGGUCACCCAGGAACUCUACAAGUUUGCCUUUGAAGGCAUCUGCUCGGUGGUGUUUGAGAGCAGGAUGGGAUGUUUGGAGCAGAAAGUUCCAGAAGAGACUCAGAAGUUCAUCUGGUCUGUAGGAGAAAUGUUCCGUUUGUCUCCCAUCAUAGUCCUCUUCCCUAGAUCUAUGUGGCCUUACCUGCCCUACUGGAACACCUUUGUCUCCGUCUGGGAUCACCUCUUUCUAGUCUCUGAGGAGCUGGUCCAGAAGAAGAUGGAGGAGCUGGAGCAGCAGCACCAGGAGGAUGUGGACCUGGAAGGUGCGUACCUGACUCACCUGCUCCUCAGCCAGCAGAUGAGCAUGUCAGAGAUCCUGGGCAGCGUGACGGAGCUCCUCCUGGCGGGUGUGGACACGACCUCCAACACCAUCUCCUGGGCUUUGUACCACCUGGCCAGGGAGCCCGCCAUCCAGGAGAGGCUGCACCAGGAAGUGCUGCGCAUUUGCCCCGCCCACAGGAUGCCCGACGGUGAGGACGUGGCCAAGAUGCCCUACCUGAAGGCGGUGGUGAGGGAGACCCUGAGGAUGUAUCCUGUGGUGCCAGGGAACGCUCGCCUUACCGUGGACGGUGACAUCGUGGUGGGAGGACAUCUUUUUCCUAAAGGGACUCUCUUCCACCUGUGUCACUACGCCGUGUCGAUGGACGAGAGCGUGUUCCCCGACCCGCACGCCUUCCUGCCGGAGCGAUGGCUACGGGGCGGCGAGGAGAAGGCCAAGCCACACCCCUUUGGAUCGGUGCCGUUCGGCUUCGGGGUGCGGGCGUGUCUGGGCCGGCGUGUGGCGGAGCUGGAGAUGUACCUGCUGCUGGUCACGCUCAUCAAAGAGUUUGAGGUGAGGCCCGACCCCGCUGGGACCGUCGUCACACCCAUCACCAGAACCCUCCUGUGCCCGGCCACGCCCAUCAACCUCCUCUUUGUGGACCGCUGAGGUGAGGAGGCGGAGUCUCUAUGCCACACCUGCACUUCCUGUUGCCACGUUGGACACAAACUCACAUUUUCUUAUUCGUAUUUCAUAUUAGAUAUUUCAUAUUUCCAUCCAUCCAUUUUUGUCCGCUUAUCCGAGGUGGGGUCGCGGGGGCAGCAGCCUAAGCAGGGAAGCCCAGACUUCACUCUCCCCAGCAACUUGGUCCAGCGCCUCCCGGGGGAUCCCGAGGCGUUCCCAGGCCAGCCGGGAGACAUAGUCUCCCCACCAUGUCCUGGGUCUUCCUCGCGGUCUCCUACUGGUCAGACGUUCCCUAAACACCUCCCUAGGGUGGAAUCCUGACCAGAUGUCUGAACCACCUCAUCUGGCUCCUCUCCAUGUGGAGGAGCAGUGACUUUACUCUGAGAUCCUCCCGGACGGCAGCUCUUCUCACCCUAUCUCUAAGGGAGAGACCCGCCCCCUAACAGGGGAUACUCAUUUUGACCGCUUGUACCCGUGAUCUUGUCCUUUCGGUCAUAACCCAAAGCUCAUGACCAUAGGUGAGGAUGGGAACGUAGAUCCACCGCUAAAUUGAGAGCUUUGCCUUCCGGCUCACGACGGAUCGAUACAGCGUCCGCAUUACUGAAGACGCCGCACUGAUCCACCUGUCGAUCUCACCAUCCACUCUUCCCUCACUGGUGAACAAGACUCCCAGGUACUUGAGCUCCUCCACUUGGGGCAGGGUCUCCUCCCCAACCUGGAGAUGGCACUCCACCAUUUUCCGGGUGAGAACCAUGGACUCGGACCUGGAGGUGCUGAUUCUCAUCCCAGUCACUUCAAUCCAAUUUUCCACCAAGAAGUUUUUCACCUCAGCCCCAGAAAUAGGAGAGCCCACCACAGAUUCCCCAGGCACAGCUUCCUCAUAGGAAGACAUGUUGGUGUGAUUGAGGAGGUCUUUGAAGUAUUCCCUCCACCGAUCCACAACAUCCGCAGUCGAGGUCAGCAGCACACCACCCUCACCAUACACCGUGUCAGCAGCACACCACCCUCACCAUACACCGUGUCAGCAGCACACCAUCCUCACCAUACACAGUGUUGACAGUGCACUGCUUCCCCUUCCUGAGGCGGCGGAUGGUGGUCCAGAAUCGCUUCGAAGCCAUCCAGAAGUCGUUUUCCAUGGCUUCACCAAACUCCUCCCAUGUCUGAGUUUUUACAUCUGUGAGCGCUGAAGCUGCACACCGCUUGGCCUGUCGGUACCUGUCCGCUGCCUCCGGAGUCCUAUGAACCAAAAGAACCUGAUAGGACUCAUUCUUCAGCUUGACUGCAUCCUUCACGGUUCUAGGAUUACCGCCACAACAGGCACCAACCACCUUGCGGCAACAGCUCCAAUCGGCCGCCUGGACAAUAGAGGUGAGGAACAUGGUCCACUAGGACUCAAUGUCCAGCACCUCCCUGGACGAUAGAGGUGUGGAACAUGGUCCACUAGGACUCAAUGUCCAGCACCUCCCUGGACGAUAGAGGUGUGGAACAUGGUCCACUAGGACUCAAUGUCCAGCACCUCCCUGGACGAUAGAGGUGUGGAACAUGGUCCACUAGGACUCAAUGUCCAGCACCUCCCUGGACGAUAGAGGUGUGGAACAUGGUCCACUAGGACUCAAUGUCCAGCACCUCCCUCGUGACAUGUUCAAAGUUCUUCCGGAGGUGGGAAUUGAAACUCUCUCUGACAGGACGUUCCCAGCAGACCCUCACAAUGCGUUUGGGCCUGCCAUGGAGGCUUUGAACCCUCUGGUCCACUGGGUUGAACUCCAUCAUGGAGGCUUUGAACCCUCUGGUCCACUGGGUUGAACUCCAUCAUGGAGGCUUUGAACCCUCUGGUCCACUGGGU